GUACGGAGGUCACGUGAAGGGCAAACAUGGCUGCGCCCAGCGGAGACCAGCCCACGUUGCCGUGAGCUGGUGCUGCAGCAGAGGCUGCUCUGCGACUUCGCCACUACCGACUAGGAGCACAAGAGAUAACAUUUCCCAUCUCUUGAGGACAGCUUUAGCUGGCUGCAUCCCCCAAAUUUUGGUCUCAAGAUGGAACAUAAUCAAGAAAAUACAGACAGAAGAUUAACAAUCAAUGAAAUCAUAGCCAGAAAAGUCAAGCAACUUCCAGAACUGGAUCAGAAUUUACUUAUAACUGGAUCAGCAUAUGUUGGACUAAAUGCAGGUUUUUGUGGCCUAAUAGCAAACAGUUUUUUCCGACGCAUCUUAAAUGUGACACAUGCUCGCAUAGCAUCAGCUUUACCAAUGGCUGUUCUCCCAUUUUUGUCAACCCACGUAAUUUACAAAAGUGUUGUAAGUUUACCUUUGAGUUCAGGUGAUCUAACCUGUGAAGUCUGUACCAUUAUAAGAGGUGGAAUGGUUGGUCUGAUAAUUGGGGGUCUCUACCCUAUUGUUUUGGCCAUGCCAAUAAAUGGUGCUCUGGCAGCCAGGUAUAACACGGCUCCACUACCAGAGAAAGGAAAUAUUUGGACCUACUGGACCAGAGUCUCUCGACCUGUCUUUAGAAAGAUGGUCUUUCCCAUAAUUCUGCAGACUAUGUUUGCAGCAUACCUUGGUUCUAAGCAGUAUGAAGUGCUCAUAAAAGCACUUGAAUUACCUGAACCUGGCUUUCAAUUCCAAGACAUUCAAAAUAAAUCAAGUGCACAGCUAAAAGAAUAAAAUUAUGUAAAAAUAAAAAACUAAUUUAAAAAAUAUACAAAUAAAAUUGUACUUAUUACAACUUUACUGUGAUUUUAUAUCUAUUACCUGAAGCUAGCACAUCAAAAACAAUGCCUCAAGUCAGGAAACACUAUUACUGAAAAAUAAUCUACAACCUGUUUGCAUUACUAAAGCUUAUGGUCCCUUUGAAAACUAUGUAAUUCAGAUAACAUUUAGUUUAGGGAGGAGAGCUAGAGGGGAAGAACCUAUCCUUUAAAAAAAAGAAAAAAGUUUGAUAGUUUUUUCAUUACUACCUCAA